UUCCACACAAAGAAAAAGUUUAGUUGCUGCUUUGCUUAUCAGUCCAGAAGUAACUGCUCAGGAGAUUAUGCACUAUCUGCAUCAUGGGUAAACUUCAGUGACAUUAACCAAACAAAAGGAACGUCACCUGAAUUUAAAAAUUUUGAAUUUAUACUCAGAAGAUAGAAGCCAUGUUAAAUACUUCAGCCAUGAUGUAUCAGGUGAAUAGUGCAAACUGUUCCACCAUUGAUGAGUUCCGGAACAAAGUCUACUCUACAGCAUAUUCCAUGUUUACCCUGUUUGGCCUUAUCGGGAAUGGUUUUGCUUUGUUUAUUCUUCUAAAAGCCUACAAUCAGAAAACAGCUUUCCACAUCUACAUGGUAAAUCUGGCUAUAUCUGACUUACUCUUCAUUUGCACUCUUCCUUUCCGGAUUGCAUAUUAUGUCAACAAAGGACAAUGGUACUUUGGGGAUAUCAUCUGUCGGAUUAGUUCCUAUGUCUUCUAUGUAAAUUUGUAUUGUAGCAUAUUCAUCCUUACAGCCAUGAGCUUCAGUAGGUUUUUAGCUAUUGUUUAUCCCGUUAAGAACCUAAAACUGGUCUCGGUUAAAAAGGCUAAAUGGGUUUGUAUUUUAAUAUGGAUUUUUGUCACCACAACAACUUCUCCAUUUCUGCUAACAGGUUCUCAAAAGAUCGAUAACAAGACAAAAUGCUUUGAACCUCCAUCCUCUCAAAAGACAAAAACAUUGUUUGCCCUCAACUAUUUUUCGCUUAUUGUUGGUUUUAUUAUCCCAUUUACUAUUAUUUUGGUUUGUUACACAAUGAUCAUUCGGACAUUACUGAAAAACUCAAUGCAGAAACAGCAGGCUUCCCGCAAGAAAGCAGUCAGAAUGAUCAUCAUUGUUAUGGCUGUGUUUUUUCUCAGCUUUAUGCCAUAUCAUAUCCAGCGCACUGUGCAUCUUCAUUUCCUCAAACAAAACAAAAUGUGUGAGCAGCAGAUUUCAAUGCAGAAAACAGUUGUAAUUACCCUUGCAUUAGCAGCCUCCAAUUGCUGCUUCGAUCCAAUGCUUUAUUUCUUUUCAGGAGAGAAUUUUAGAAGAAGACUCUCUACCUUCAGAAAGCAAUCUCUUUCAAGUGUUGCUCCAGAUGGCAAAAGGAAAAAGUCAGAUAGUUUACAGGUAAAGGCAGAAUUAUUUAAUGAAAAACAGGUCAGCAGUGAAAGUGAAAUGGCUCAUUGAAAAAUUGUGGAGUAGUCACUAAGAAAUGAGUUUAUUGUAGCAAUUACUUAACUUAUUUUGUUUACUUGCACACUUUGGAAUAAUGAACCAUGUUGCUGUUAUUCUAAAGUAAGUUAAAUUAACUGAGUGACUAUAUAACCAAGGAAAACCAGUUUGGCAAGUCACAAAUUGCAAAAAUAUAUGUAACCAAUAAACAAACCUUCAAACCCUGCAUGUGUGCCAACAGCAACAAAACCAUGUGUAUUCAAUAUGCAAAUAACUAAACUCUGCAUGUGUGCUAACGGGCAAAAAAAUCAACAACAAAAAAAACAUAUGUAUUCAAUAGACAAAUUACCAAACCCUGCAUGUGUGCCAAUGAGCAACAAAACUAUGUGUAUUCAAUAGACAACCAAACUGCAUGUGUCAUCAUGAGCAAAAAAACCUUAUAUAUUCAUUAGAUACAUAACCAAAUCCUGCAUGUGUGCCAGCAAGCAACAUAACCAGAUGUAUUCAAUAGAAAAAUAACGAAAUCCUAUAUGUGAACAAGCAACAAAAUAAUAUGUAUUCAACAGACAGAUAACCAAACCCUGCAAGGAAACAAGCAAGGAAACCCCCAACAAGCAAGGAAACCCUGUAUUCAAUAAGCAUGCCACCAACACCUGCAUGUGUGCCAACAAGCAAGAAAACCCUGUGUUCAAUAAGCAUGCCACUAACACCUGCAUGUGUGUCAACCAGCAAGGAAACUACUUGUUCAAUAAGCAUGCCACCAACACCUGCAUGUGUGCCAACAAGCAAGGAAACUACUUGUUCAAUAAGCAUGCCACUAACACCUGCAUGUGUGCCAAUAAGCAAGGAAACCCUGUGUUCAAUAAGCAUGCCACCAACACCUGCAUGUGUGUCAUCAAGCAAGGAAACCCUGUGUUCAAUAAGCAUGCCACUAACACCUGCAUGUAUGCCAACAAGCAAGGGAACCCUGUGUUUAAUAAGCAUGCCACCAACACCUGCAUGUGUGUCAUUAAGCAAGGAAACCCUGUGUUCAAUAAGCAUGCCACUAACACCUGCAUGUGUGCCAAUAAGCAAGGAAACCCUGUGUUUAAUAAGCAUGCCACUAACACCUGCAUGUGUGCCAUCAAGCAAGGAAACCCUGUGUUCAAUAAGCAUGCCACCAACACCUGCAUGUGUGCCAACAAGCAAGGGAAUCCUGUAUCCAGAAAGCAUGCAAUAACACCUGCAUGUGUGCCAACAAGCAAGAGAACCCUGUGUUCAAUAAGCAUGCCACUAACACCUGCAUGUGUGCCAACAAGCAAGGAAACUACUUGUUCAAUAAGAAUGCCACCAACACCUGCAUGUGUGCCAUCAAGCAAGGAAACCCUGUGUUCAAUAAGCAUGCCACUAACACCUGCAUGUGUGCCAACAAGCAAGGGAAUUCUGUGUUUAAUAAGCAUGCCACUAACACCUGCAUGUGUGCCAACAAGCAAGAAAACUACUUAUUCAAUAAGCAUGCCACCAACACCUGCAUGUGUGCCAACAAGCAAGAGAACCCUGUGUUCAAUAAGCAUGCCACUAACACCUGCAUGUGUGCCAACAAGCAAGGAAACUACUUGUUCAAUAAGAAUGCCACCAACACCUGAAUGUGUGCCAACAAGCAAGGAAACCCUGUGUUUAAUAAGCAUGCCACCAACACCUGCAUGUGUGCCAUCAAGCAAGGAAACCCUGUGUUCAAUAAGCAUGCCACUAACACCUGCAUGUGUGCCAACAAGCAAGGGAAUUCUGUGUUUAAUAAGCAUGCCACUAACACCUGCAUGUGUUCCAACAAGCAAGAAAACCCAGAGUUCAAUAAGCAUGCCACUAACAUCUGCAUGUGUGCCGACAAGCAAGGAAACUACUUAUUCAAUAAGCAUGCCACUAACACCUGCAUGUGUGCCAUCAAGCAAGGAAACCCUGUGUUCAAUAAGCAUGCCAUCAACACCUGCAUGUGUGCCAACAAGCAAGGAAACCCUGUGUUGAAUAAGCAUGCCGCCUACAUCGGCAUGUGUGCCAACAAGCAAGGAAACCCUCUGUUCAAUAAUCAUGCCAGCAAACCCUACAUGUGUGCCAGUAGGCAAGAAACCCCUGUGUUCAAUAAGCAUGCCAGAAAACCCUGCAUUUGUGCAAACAAGCAAGGAACACGUGUUCAAUAAGCAAGCCACUUAUCCCUGCAUGUGUGCCAAUAGGCAAGAAAACCCUGUGCUUUAUAAGCAUGCCACCAAACCCUGUAUGUGUGCCAACAGGCAAAAAAAAAUGUGUUUGACAAACAGCCAACAAAUCCUUGAAUUAAUGCAAGAAAUAUAUAUGUUUGAUCAACAUUUUGUAUGAAAGCUGUCACUGAAUCUUAUAUAUGUGAUGCAUAAAACUCAGUACUUAAUACAUACAGUAUAUAUUAGUAUUACCAAAAUAUAGUUCUUUUUUUUGCUUAACUGGCGCCUGACAUGUAAUCGUUUGCAUGUUGUGAUACCUUUAAGUGAAGUUAAACAUUUGUAGACUUUGCAUUAAUCUUUUUAUACAAUCCGACAUGAUGAUCUAUAUGUUACUAAAAAGAAUCUUACCUUACUAAUAAUAUUACAUUAUGUUUUAUGUGUCUAAGGAGUUUGUAAUUAGCCUGACACUAGUUUCUACAAAUACAAAUUGAAAAAGUGUGGUACUGAAUACAAAGUAUUGUAUAAGAAUGAAUACUGUAAAAAUAGGCUCACAAUCGUAAUAAUCUGGUUACAUAAAAAUACAAUUUGGUGCAUAUGAUUUAUGAACUUAAAGUCAUGGAACUGUCAUGGGAUUCAUAUAGACUGUAUGCAGGUGCAAUAUCAGAAGAAUGAUCGUUGAAGGAUGCAAUGGACAUUUUACUAAAUAAUUUAUGAAGGACGUCAAUCACAAACACAUUCUGCUUAUUAUAAGCGCUGCAGUUACACAUCUUUUCAAGGAUAUGAAAAACUGAUUACUGUCAUAGAAAUGAUUAUAUUAUAAUAUUGUAAAUAGAUUAAACAGAAGCAAAUUGCACUGUUGAAUACAAGAUUGAUAGAAAGUUAAAACAAUGAGACAUGUCAAAUGUAGAUGUUCUCUCAUACAUAGUUGCUAAUGAAUGAAUGUAUAUAUGUAUAUCAGAUCAGGGAUUUUCAACUCAAGUAUCAAUAAUGAGUCAAUACAGGGGAAAUAAUCCCAAGAGGAGAAAUUCUUCAAAUCUGAUUUGUUCUGGUUCCUUGAGGACUGGGACUGAAAAAAACUGCAAUUAAAUAAAAAAUCUUGGUUACCUGGUGAGCACUGAAUAAGCUAUUUUUAUGGUAAAGCUUGCACUUGUCAUCAAGGUAUCUUGUAGUGUAAUACCUUUUAGAGAAACAACUUAAAGGGACAUAAAGCUGUAGUAAGAAAAUGCAAUAAUACAUUACACCAUUUUUGUAUUGUAGUUGCCUAAAUCUGAGUCAAAAGAAAUAAACACAUAGAUCAAGUCAGCCCUGGACUGCUAUCUGCUAAUGCAUUACUCGUUGGGACAUGGCUGAUCAGGGUCAUAUGUGUCUGUAGCUACCAAUUACUGAAUUUCAGGAUCAGCAGUUUAUUGUCAUUCCGGGGCUGACUUUAUGAUUUUAAACACAGGCAAAGCCAAGCAGUAGUGCAAUAAGAAAAUCAUCUGCAUCACUCAUUAGAGCAUUUUAUUACAACUUUAUGUCCAUUUGAAAGUAUUUGAUAGUCGUAUGAAAUAAGCUCUGUACUUCCUGUAUUUAUAUUUUUCUAUCUGCCCCUAAAAAUGUUUUAUAUUCUUUUCAAGUACCAAUAGCUCACUUUGCACUAUUCAUUUUUUUAUUUUAUUUACUUGUUUUUUAUUAUUAUCAUUGUUUGUAGAAAUUCUGCAGUCCUAGACAGGAGGUACAAUACGUACAGACAAGACAAGGAUAAGUAGACACAACAAUGAUAUGGACUAUUGCUCUGUACAGAGUUUACAAUCUACAGCAGUUGCCAAAACAUUGUGUGUGAGUAGAUUGCAGUUAGUGCUAGUUGUGGGUCUGGUCUUUCAGUAUUGGUCAUGGAUUUGCAUUCAAUUUGAUGAGGUUUGGUAGUAGACUUCUUUGAACAGGUACAUUGAGGGAUGAUUUUAAAGGGGAGUUCCUCAGUGAAAGGAUUGGUACAGAAGAGCAGCAAAGAAAAGAAAUAGCGGUAGCAUUUAGAAUCCAUUGGGUUGGGAAACAUUUUUUUAGAGAUAGAAAAAAUAGACAGAUGUUGCAAUAGUCUAGUAUUUAAAUUAAUGGGUUAGAAUAUUUUAUGUGUCUUGAAUGUGAAAUUGACAUAUUUUAAUUAUUUUUAGACUAAUUUAAAGUGAGUGGUAUGGGCUGUGGACUAAGUUCCUUAAAGGGACAGUCAAGUCCAAAAAAAAACUUUCAUGUUUCAAAUAGGGCAUGUAAUUUUAAACAACUUUCCAAUUUACUUUUAUCACCAAUUUUGCUUUGUUCUCUUGGUAUUCUUAGUUGAAAGCUAAACCUAGGAGGUUCAUAUGCUAAUUUCUUAGACCUUGAAGGCCGCCUCUAAUCUAUAUGCAUUUUGAUAGUUUUUCACCACUAGAGGGCAUUAGUUCACAUGUUUCAUAUAGAUAACAUUGAGCUCAUGCACGUGAAUUUACCAUGGAUACAGCUCUGAUUGGCUAAAAUGCAAGUCUGUCAAAAGAACUGAAAUAAGGGGGCAGUCUGCUGAGGCUUAGAUACAAGGUAAUCACAGAGGUAAAAUGUGUAUAAUUAUAACUGUGUUGGUUAUGCAAAACUGGGGAGUUGGUAAUUAAGGGAUUAUCUAAUCUAAAUUCUGGUGUUGACUGUCCCUUUAAAAAAAUGGCUCCCUUUGUGAUAUAAAUAUUGAAAAAAAUAUAAAUAUGAUAAAUUCUGUCAUUUGUAAAUAAAACUCACUGAAUAGCACUGAUUGUGUAUUUUUAAGUUCUAGUGUUAAUUUUGAUAUAAAUAUUUCUGGUAAACACCAUGUUGUAUUAAGAAUGCUGUUAUCUGUGUCCAUAUAUUGGCUGCUGUUCUGUGACAAACAUUUAAUAUGAUAAUCUGUAUUUCCUCACCCAAUGUGUAAAGUGCUCCUCUACUGUUUGUACUGAACAAGAUCUAGAUUGCAAUGUAUUUUUCUUUAGGUUCUUGCAAUGCUAAAAUGAGAGGAUGAUAUAUAUCCUCCACCAGUAAAAUUAAAGGCUUGGAAAAGAGUUUUUGUAUAUUGAUA